AAACCUCACUUAAGCUUCUGCCCUUUUGGCGCCACCUCCAUCACCCUCACCAAUUUCACUUCUCCUCCCAUCCGCAGACCCAUGACGACCUCCGCCGUUUCCAUCGAGAAAGAAACUGUAAUCUCCGAGAGGCCCCACACUUUCCUCCGUCAAACCGACGGCGAAGAUAACGGGUCCAUCAGGUCGCGCUUCCAGAGUAUGAUACUGGAGAUGCAGGAAAGCGUGUGCGGCGCCCUGGAGGCUCUCGACGGAGCCGGGAAGUUCAAGGAGGACGCUUGGACCACGCCCGGAGGAGGUGGAGGAAUUAGCAGAGUGUUGCAAGAUGGUGCUGUUUUUGAAAAAGCUGGUGUUAAUAUCUCUGUUGUUUAUGGAGUUAUGCCUCCUGAAGCCUAUCGAGCUGCCAAGGCUUCUGCUGCCGAUCAGAAGCCCGGUCCCGUUCCCUUUUUCGCCGCUGGCAUCAGCUCCGUUUUGCAUCCGAAGAAUCCGUUUUUUGCUCCUACAUUGCAUUUUAAUUAUAGGUAUUUUGAGACUGAUGCUCCGAAAGAUACUCCUGGAGCACCUAGACAAUGGUGGUUUGGUGGUGGAACUGAUUUGACUCCAGCUUACAUCUUUGAGGAGGAUGUCAAGCACUUCCAUUCAGUACAAAAAAGGGCUUGUGAUAAAUUUGAUCCAUCCUUUUAUCCUCGGUUCAAAAAAUGGUGUGAUGACUACUUUUUCAUUAAGCAUCGAGGUAAGAGACGAGGGCUUGGAGGAAUAUUUUUUGAUGAUCUAAAUGAUUAUGAUCAAGAAAUGCUUCUUUCAUUUGCCACUGAAUGUGCGGAUUCUGUGGUUCCUGCAUACAUACCCAUCCUAGAAAAAAGGAAGGAUACACCAUUUAAUGAGAGCCAAAAGGCAUGGCAACAGCUUCGGAGUGGCCGCUAUGUAGAAUUCAACUUGGUCUAUGAUCGAGGUACAACAUUUGGACUGAAGACAGGAGGUCGAAUUGAAAGUAUUCUUGUGUCUCUUCCUUUAACUGCACGAUGGGAAUAUGAUCAUAAACCAGAAGAGGGAAGUGAAGAGUGGAAAUUGUUAGAUGCCUGCAUGAAUCCUAAGGAUUGGAUCUGA